UAAGGUAUAAUUUUUUUUACUCGAAAAAAGAAAAUUAAUUCAUUUCUAAAAAAUAUAGUAUACAAUCAAUUUAUUGUUUACCUUUCCUAGUGAAUCGUUUUGUAUUAUUGAAUAACAGGAAUAAGGAGGGAAAAUGAUAGCAGUGCUUGCGUUAUACCUAUUGCCUCUGCUAAGUGCAACCAAACUGUGUGAUAAUAGUUCGUGUGAACGCGGCGGAAGCACCAGGAUCAUUGGAGGAGCCAUUACAGAACAAAAUUCUAGGCCCUUCCAGGUAGCGUUAUAUUUGCGUGUGGGUACUACCGGAGAGCUGGGUUUCUGUGGCGGAGCCUUAGUGCACCAAGAGUGGGUGCUCACGGCCGCACACUGUUGCUACCACAAUGGCCUGUUGGUCGACAACGUGCAGGCAAUCUUGGGCGCUCACUCGCUAUACGACCGCUAUGAGAACGGACGUCGCAUAGUCAACGUAGAUGAAGUGGUUAUCCACGAAGACUUUGAUCCUGAUACAUUUGCCAACGACCUGGCGCUUCUCAGGCUCGCCAAUGUAUUACAGCUAACAGAAACGAUAAACGUGGUGCGCUUGCCUUACCUGAGUGUGUCGUCGUUCAACUUCGCGGGACAGGGAGCGACCGCCUCCGGCUGGGGCAUUGCGGCCGAAGAUGUGUCCUUCGUGUCUCCUACUCUUCGGGAGAAGCAGAUGACAGUGAUGACUGACCCUCUUUGCAACUCUUCUUACUUCAACCUCCUCCCGGCCACCACAGUAUGCGGGCUUAGCACCUCUGGUGGUACAUGUAAGGGUGAUAAUGGUGGACCACUAACAAUUUUAUACAAUUCUACCGAAGAAACAUUAUUGAUCGGAGUGGCAUCUUUCAUCAGUGCGAGUGGCUGCAACAAUGACCUACCUUCAGUCUUCACCAGGGUUCAGCGGUACCUUACUUGGAUCAGCGAAGUCACUGGGAUCAUUCUCGACUGAUUGCAUACCUAUUUUGACAUAUAAAUUAUAAAAAUAUUAUUAUACCUAUCUAGGUAGAUAGCCUCUUUUUGUUCACGAUCAUCUCACUUUUUCGUUUACAAAAUGAUGAAGAUCGGUUUCUUUGUUUUAUUUUUUGUGAAGAAACCAUUACGUUAUUUAAAAAAAGUGCAUUAUAUUGACUUCAGUAUGACUGGUGGCAAUAGUAAAAACCACUGCUCCUCUUCAAAAUAGAGUUAGGACUACAGGUUGUUACUGUUCCACUAUACUUUUUAAUAUUUUUAAGGAAAAUAAUUAUUUAGAAUAUUUUUUUUUAUUGUUAAGCUGUCUUCAAUUCUAAUCCAUUUGUUUAAUCCGAAGAGGAUUAUAACGAUUAGAUUGUUUGGAUUUCCCAUUAAUUUUAAAUUAGAUGAUAAACUAUCAUAGGUAUUAUUUUUUCCACAUCUUUCUAAGAAAUGUUUGAGAAAAAGGUAUCUAACUUAAGGCAUAGAGAAGACAAACUUACCGAGUAGGUAUAACAUUUAUAUAAUACCAAUUUUUUAAUAGGUUAACAUAUAAUCUACAUGGUAUAAAAUAUCAGGAUAUUCUGGAAAAAGUA